GAGGCAUCGGUGGCCAACCCAGAGCUGGACAUGGGCCCAACCUUGCUUCCGACGGCCACCGGGUGUCUCGUCGACAUGACGGACGCUGCUUGCCCUUUAGCUUGUAUUUAUCCCUUUGAUGGUUUGAUAACUCCGCCUCCCAAUUUUAUUCCCUCUUCCUCUUGUAAUUUACCUGUUCUUGGGAUCAACCACAUUCCUUCUUGAACCCUAACGGGACUCUGCCUUCGAAUCCCCAUCGCAAGAUUUCACCUUUAAUCCUUUCCCGGGUUUCUCAAAUCUCACUUGCCGGUUUCCUUCGCUUCUCUCCAUCUCAACGUCCCUGCUCGAUUCCGCCGGGAAAGGUGAUUGGUGAUUUAUCGGAGAGCAAAUGCCCGAUGAGGAUCUGAUCGAGCUCAAGUUCCGGCUGUUCGAUGGGUCGGACAUCGGGCCGAUCCGCUACUCUUCUACGUCCACCGUCGCCAUGCUCAAAGACAGGAUAAUCUCCGAGUGGCCACGAGAUAAGAAGAUUAUACCAGAGGUGGCUAAUGAUGUCAAACUGAUAAGUGCGGGCAAAAUAUUAGAGAACAAUAUGACGGUUGCCCAGUGCGCAUCAUCACCUUUUAGUGAACUUCCAGCAGGUGUGAUCACCAUGCAUGUUGUUGUGCAACCAUCUUCGACUAAAACUAAAACGGAUAUGUUGGUGAUAAGCGGAAGAAGGAUCUUGUUGAAGCAUUUGUGUGACAGGAUAAGCUCAAACACUUGCAAUGAGGAUAAACUGGUGGUAGUGAACUGAUGCAUUCAUUCUUGUAGUCACUGUAUUCUUUGGGGAUGCAAGGCCAUCGAGAAGGAAGUAAAAGAAUUAGACAAUGGGUUUGAAAGCAGAAAAGGACUCCAUUGGAUGAAGAAAAGAGGAAAUGUGCCCUCAAAUAGAAAGAAGUUUGGUGCGAGUAAAUACUAUUAGCAAACUAGCAGACAAGUCCUUUUCUUGCUUCAACCACUGACAGAGAACCAAGUGAUGUCGUAGGACAUUGGUGAUCUUGCAAUCGUGCCAUUACUGAGCUUGGGAGCCCGAGAAGCACGUUGAUGCCCUUCCUCUUCCUCUCCUUCCCAUGGGACAGGAACAGGAUCACCUCCUUCUCAGGUAGAGUCACAGGCCCGGACUGCACUGGCACCCCCCACCCGAAGUCCGUGGUGUGGAAGGACAGCCGAGACCAGGUUGUGAUCAGAAGAGUGGCCGUCAACGAAGGCCUCGCCCUCGUGGCUUCGAAGUAGUCCAUCGCCGAUCUCAUGUACUCAUCAGUCACCGUCUUGACUGCGUCCUGCACCAGGCCGACGGCGAACGAGAGCGGGCGGCCCAGAAGCUCCCCUGCCGUGCUCAGGCAGGCGGUGAGCAUGGUGCCGUUGCCGAAGUAGCCCUUCGGCAGCGGGGGAUCGAAUCGGGACCUCCCGUCGACCGCGAACAGGAGCUUCGUCUUUUGCCCCGGCUGCAGCCUCAGCGCCUCCGUCCGGGCUCUCCACACGUGGCCGGAGAGCGCCUCGAAGGUCGUGCACUUGGCGAGAGCUCCGUCUUCCAGAGCUCUCCUCUUCACGCGUCCGAGCUUCUCAGGCUCGAAGCAGAAGGACCUGUACGCCAUCUCUUCACCGUACAGUGCCGUGGUGUCGGAGACGUCUUCGAUCUCGGCGAACUCGUGGUGGGGGAAACUGACGAGAGGAGGAUUUCGAGACUCGAGAACGGUGCGGUCGACGAACGGCGGCACCGAUAUCGGCAGGCCUCGUGCCGUUUCGCCCCAGGAGUUGACGAACUCCAUCGCUCCCAACCCAUCGAACAUGCAGUGGUUGACGGCUAGCCCAAGGAUGAAUCCCCCGCUCCUGAACGUAGUGACCUGAAGGAAGCACGCGAUGAGCUUCCGAUGAUUGUAUGAUCGAAACAAGCUGCAAGGGUGCGAGUUCCGAA